UGAGUAUGGUGGUAAUUCGAAUAACCAUGAUCUGAGGCACAUUGUGAGAAUUCUCAAAAAUGCCGGGAGAAAAUAAUCCACGGAAGAUCAAAGUUAUUAGUAUGGGUGAUGAAGACACAGGAAAGUCCUGUCUAAUAAAGCGGUUUUGCGAAAAGCGUUUUGUUUCAAAAUAUUCACCGACAAUUGGUAUUGACUAUGGGGUUUUCAGAACUAAAGUUUCAAACACUGACCUGCGUGUUGACAUUUUCGAUAUGUCAGGAAACCCUGCUUUCUAUGACGUCCGAAAUGAAUUUUAUAAAGAUGUAGAUGGAGCCAUUCUAGUUUUUGAUGUAACAAAGCGAACAAGUUUUGGGAAUUUGAUUCGUUGGGUUCAAGAGCUGCAUUUUGAGCUGGGUGGUUUGAAGUCUACAUCUUUCCCAGUGAUAAUUGUUUGUGGAAACAAGGUUGACAAACUGCCACGAUCAAUAAGUUACUAUGACGCAUCUGAAUGGGCAGCUAAACAUCAAUAUCCAUAUUUUGAAACUUCUGCUUUUAGCGGACACGGUGUUUUAGAUACUUUUAAUACUUUAUUUGAAAGUAUUAUUAAUCCAGAUGUCUAUCAGUCUAAUAUACCUACUGAUAAAUAUCAAAACUGUUCAACUCGUACAGAAUCCAAUCAUACCAGACAAUAUUCAACACAGAAUACUUCAAAAUUCAACCAACCUCUGAAUGAAAGAAUUCAAACAAGUGUGAAAGGUUUCCCUUCACCAUCAACAUCAUCUUUAUCAAAUAAAUCAAGUGAAAAUGAAUCAUUCAAGGUGAAACAUCUACAUAUUCAUGAAAUAAAUCGAAUUAAAAAUGCUAAAAAUGAUUAUGAACGUUUAGGAGUCAGUAUAACAGCUAAUAGUGAUGAUAUACAAAGAGCAUUUCGACGUUUAGCCUUUAUUCUACAUCCUGAUAAAAAUGAUGCCUCUGGAAGUGAAGAAGCCUUCAAGAUAUUAGUGAAAGCAAAGAAUACCCUACUUUCAACGAAAAAUGGAUCCAGUUGGUUUAGUUCUUAG